AUGACCAGCAAUGCCCAUUCGCUCCUAACUCCCUCUGCCCCCGCUGGCCUUCACCACGACGGCCCCACGGCCCACGCCAGCUCGCCGCGACACACGUCGAGGCCAGCCUCCCCGUCUAGUCGCCCUGCCGCCGAUCCAGACCAUGAUCAGGAUGCAGAGGGCGAGUCGGAAGCCGAGACGGUCGUCUUGUCACGCGAUGAGAAGCCUGUUGACGCUGUCGACGACGACAAUGACAAGCUGAUCAAGAAGGAGCGCCUCGACGACGACCAUGACAACCCCAACAACAAUCCCAACCACAAUCAUAAUAGCGCCGAUGCCGAUGCCGAUACCGACGACGCGAAACGCCUGCGCUCCAGCAACGGCCAUGUCAAGGCCAACGGCACCAGCCACGCCGCGCGACACAUCAAAGAAGGCAGCUCCCAGGACUCGGGAAAGUCGCCUGCCCCAUCUGCCCUCUCCCCUACACAAACAACGACGCGCGGUCGCAGUGCUUCGACCGUCGAGAACCGCAAGCGCAAGUUACGCGACGAAUCCUUCCCAAAGUCCUUUGAGCCUCCGCGCCAAAAGGCCAGGACAGAGGGUCUCAAAGACGCGCCCAAUUCACCCGCCACACCCGCUUUUGGCCGCCCUCACAAGCGCUCCCAGUCCACACAAUCCACAAUCUCAGCUAUGACCGGCCGCAAGCGCCGCGACGUCACCAACCUCGCCUUGUCGACAGAAGCCGACGAGCAUUGGGCGGGUUCCAGUUCGGACCACUCAACAUCGCCUCAGCCCACGUCCGCACCCUAUCUCCAGCAACACGCCCGAGUGAAGCGUUCUUCACACCGUGCCCUGACCUCGCCCGCACGCACCAUGCCCCAGCGCAAGAUCGACAGAUUCGGCGCUACCCGACUCGCUCGAGAAAGUGAAAAAGGCGACCUGGAGGCUGUCAAGGAAGCAUAUGAAGAGGCACCAGACGAGCUGGACCAGGCUGAUUACGCCGGUAUUGCCCCCUUACAAAAGGCCGCCCUGCAUGGAUGGGCUCCCGUGGUCCGCUAUCUCAUCAACAAGGGCUGCCGUACAGAUUGCGAGAGUCACGAUCGGGACACCCCCCUCAUCGAUGCUGUAGAGAAUUCGCAUCUGGACGUAGUCCGGCUGCUGCUCAACCAAGGCCAGGUCAAUCCGCAUCAUUCCAACAAAAAAGGCCAACGUGCCAUCGACGUGUUGGACCCUGAGGAUGAAGACGCGGCGGAAAUAGAAAAAGAACUCAAGGAGGCUAUGAAGAGGCGGGUAGACACUUCCACAAACGACCACGAGCGAUCCCAGAAACAAGCAAAAACAGCCUCGCGUCUGCUGUACAAUGAAUUCAACGUCGAGACCUUGAUCGAAAAAGCUGGCGACGGUGAUAUUCUCGCUGUAGGCGAGCUAAUCAACAGCAACAUCAAGCCGAACAUAACCUGUGGAGUUGCUGCGGCACGAGGUGGACACUAUGACAUCCUCAGCAUCCUACUAGCAAGUGGCCUAAAGGCCGACCCCGACCCGUCCAAGCAUCCGGAGACACCUAUGACAGUAGCCAUCGGUCGCGGAUAUCUCAAAAUCAUACAGCUGCUUCUCGAGCAAGACAACUUCAACCCUACGCGCCGAAACAAGGAUAACAAGACCUACUACGAAAUCUCAGAGGAGCGACAUGGCCCAAAGUGGGAAGAAGAGAGGGAUAUGCUCAAACGCGCAUGUGAUGAGUACCAAGCAACCCACCGGAGCCCUCGUAGGGUCAAGAAAGAAGCCCCCAGCGCUUCAAGCCAGCGCAUCAAGCGAAAGUCCCCUCCACGACGAGAGCGAUCAUCGUCACCGCGAACAGAGCCGAAACGCGCCCAUCAUGCAAAAUCGACGACAGCGACCACUGCACCCCAAAAGUCCCGGCGACUAAUGUCUGGAAAAGAAAAGGCAACGAGAGAAGGUCAGCGGAGGAAGCGGGUUGUGGAUGAAGAUUCGUCAGAAGAGGAGAGCGAAGAAGACGUACGGCCACCCACGCGAAAGACAAAGCAUCGAUCAUAUAGCGAAGGCGAGGGUGAGGGCGAAGACGUGAAACCCGUUCGGAAGGCUCUCAAAGCACGCUCAGACGACAACGAGUCUAAACGACCGGCUUGCCCGCAUUCAGACGAGAGCGAUGAGGUUCACAGCACUAAACAUCCAGUCAAGAUCCGCACAAAACCUGCCAAGCCCGUCAGUGCAAAGCCGACACCUGAGGUCGACUCCCCAGACGAACGCAAGGCCGUAAAGAACAAGAUCAAAUACAAGACGGUAGAGGAUAAGCUACGGAAAAGGCGGCUGUCUGACGUAUCAGCGGAUGAUGCCGCAAGUGUGAAGAGAACACCUAACGCGUCCAACAAAUCCACACCUGCUCCGCCAGAGAGAGUAGCGACCCCGGAAGUCGAGCGUGCGCGUCGUCUGGAGGAACUAAAGGCACAAGCAGAAGCAAAACGCAGAGCAGUGCAAGCCGCGGCCGAGGCCGAGGCACAAAAGAAGGAAGCUGAAGAAGCUGCUCGCAAAGCUGCAGACGCUGAAGAAGCGAGGAAGAAGGCUGAAGCAGAGGCAGAGGCACAGCGCCAAGCGAAGGAAGCCGAAGCUGCACGCAUACGAGAAGAGCAGGAAAACCAGCGCCGAGCAGAAGAAGAAGCAAGAAAACAAAGAGAGUUGCUAGCACGACAAGACCGUAUAUCAAAGCUUCCCCGAGCUCUACGGCGAGCCUGCGAACUAGGCACCAAACGGCCACUGCAUUUCUCUGGAGAGGAACUUGGAGUAUCGGCAGUCUUUCUUCCACUGUUCUUUGUAAAUGCGCAGGAUCUACAAGAUCCACAGGCCUUACCCAACAAGACCUAUGUCUGCUCUUUCCAGGUUGUCGGCAUACUGGGACUUCAAGAGCUCGACCUAGCACGUCUGAGCGCCCCCUAUUCGGACUGGCCCCGGAUUCCCGUAAGCCGCACGCAGCGAGAUGCCAUACUGAGGCAAUACGAUGUUGCACUUCUGGCCCAAGAUUUCCGAUUUCCUAUGGAAGGUGCCCCGGACUUUGACUACGCCAAAAUCCAGGACAGUAUCAAGGAAGCCAAGAACCAAUUUUCGACAAUGGAAGGCAUGUAUUGGGUCGAAGAGUCUCUGCUACACGCCGAAGUUGAAAAGAUUGACAGCCUACGGCCACUACUGCACGAUAUGCGCUCUCAGUGUAAGAGAAGGCGAAUCAAUCUAGGUGUCAAUAGCGACGAACGACCAGAAAAGAAUCACAAGCCGCGGAAAAGCUUCAUGGACAUGGUGCUUGCACAGAAUGGCAUCAACGGUACAGCGGCACCAGCAGUUGUCAAUGGAAAUGGAUGA